GAAAGGGCAAGCCGGACUCGCUCCUGAAGGAUCGUCUGCUUUGUGUAGUCAUGUCUGCCGAUGUUGGUUGUACGUGGACCGGACACUCUGCUCAGGAGCUCUUAUGAAGCUCGCCCCAACGCGAUGGCGAGCGGUCGAAACGCAUGAUGAGCCAACGAGCCGGUCCUGCAUGCUUAAUGAAGUCUCGCGAACCGAGCCAGACUUGCAGGGAUUUGCGCAUUAGGAAGGUGUCAAUAGUUUUACUAUGUCGAUCGCGCAGCUGCAAGCCACGCUCAAACUAGAGUUUAGACCAGAUCUUCGCUUCUUCUCCAAUCCCACGCGAGCCAUGCAGGCCAGCUCGGAGUAAAAAUCGACUUGUAUGGAAGAUCAGCGAGCCAAGAAGCUGGCAUCGCUGCCACAGCCCGGUCAGCGCACAUCAGCCCAGGCUCGUCAGGCCUAUCUCCUAUCGGGCAAGCCAACCGAAAGGCUCUGUCCAUGCAUCGUCGAUCGUCUGCUCACGAUCUCCGAGUGUGGAGAAAUCAUCGCAAUUGUUUCAAGCUAUGUUGGCGCCAACGCUUGGUCGACGAAGCGCCACGAAGCAUUUCGAACGACAGACGUGGCGGUCGCAGAUCUGCCUAAUGCCCACAUCAUCGAACAUUAUGUGAGAGACCGCAUAGUGCCAGAGCUUCUUCGCCGGACCGGCAGUGAUCUGCAACUGUUCACAAAAGAUCUCUUCGUUGCUCGCUAUGACGCAGCUGGCGCACAAGCAGGCUUGCAGGAGCAUAGAGACGGCUGCCUCUUGUCUUUCUCGCUCUUGUUGAACGAGUCUAAUUCCUUCAUCGGUGGAGGCACACAUUUUAGCGAAUUGAACCAAACCUUCCAGCCAAGCCAAGGCAGCGCACUCUUGCAUGACGCCAAGCUCCUGCACGAAGGCUUGCCGAUUACCUCUGGCGAACGGUGGCUCCUCGUGGGCUUCAUCGACACUGUACGCUAGCAAUGCAAGCUGCAAGCCACGAUUCAACCAACAACAAGGUCACGACAGCACACUAUUGCUUAAACGCCUCUGACGAGGCUUCGACGCCUUCGUCUGCAGCCGCCACGGCGCUAG